CUCUGGCUUCAUCCACACAGCACUGGGGCGCCUUCAAAGAUCCCAGCACACGCGAAUUACACGGCACCACGCGCGGCCGCCUUUGUCUUUUCGGUGCCGAUGUGGUUUAUUCACCCACGGAGAGGACGACUUCAGGGCAGGCAGGCAGGCCAGGCAGAGAACCGGUUCAGACAAUAAUCCUCGGCAGCCGACAGCCGGCAAUCAAUCUCAGCAGGUGGCCGCGUGUGUAGAGCAAGUGCGCGCUAACCGCUGCGCCACCGCUCCCUCCCACCACCAUACACGCACGAAGCCCAACCCCAGCCGCCGAGCAAAGCGAAGAGCGACUGGAGGAGGAGGAGGAGGGAGACGCGCAGAGCACAACCGUGUGUGCGUGCAGGCACGCAGCAGCAACAGCAGCAGCAGCGUCGCCACAUCACUCAUCACCGUCGUCGUCGUCGUCAUCAUCAUCAUCGUCAGCAGCAGUUGAGAGGCAGCCGCGCUUGGCGCAAGUGAGAUGGCGUGCUGAUCGCGUCAAACAGGUGACGACCGGGACGUCCCUCUCAGGAGCGACGAGUUUUCUCACAUUGCUUCCGAUAAAGAACAGAAACUAAGAAUGGCCAGAGCGACCCUCGGCGUCAGGACUUCCUUGUGCCUCCGCGUGGGAGCGAUCGUCUUGCUAGCGCAGUUGAUCACCGCGGCGGACUCUUCCGAUGACCCUUACCUCAAAAGCAGAGCCAACAUCACCAAGGAUUGCUACGGUUCCUACGAAUGCGCGAGCGGCAUCAUCCUCCCAAUAUGGGUGCCGAACAAUCCGUCGGUGGGCGACAAGGUGGCCCGAGCGAUCGUGUACUUUGUCGCUCUCAUCUACAUGUUCCUGGGAGUGUCGAUCAUCGCCGACCGCUUCAUGGCCUCCAUCGAGGUGAUCACGUCGCAGGAGAAGGAGAUCACCAUCAAGCGGCCCGACGGUGAGACGACCACCACCACGGUGCGCGUGUGGAACGAGACCGUCUCCAACCUCACGCUGAUGGCCCUGGGCUCCUCGGCCCCUGAGAUCUUGCUCUCCAUCAUCGAGAUCUGCGGCCACGGCUUCGAAGCCGGCGAGCUGGGCCCCAGCACCAUCGUCGGGAGCGCCGCCUUCAACAUGUUCGUCAUCAUCGCCAUCUGCGUGUACUCCAUCCCCGACGGCGAGACGCGCAAGAUCAAGCACCUGCGCGUGUUCUUCGUGACGGCCGCGUGGAGCAUCUUCGCGUACAUCUGGCUCUACUUGAUCCUGGCCGUGAUCUCUCCGAAUGUCGUCGACAUCUGGGAGGCCCUGCUCACGUUCAUGUUCUUCCCCAUCUGCGUGGUGUUCGCCUGGGUCGCCGACCGCCGCCUCCUCUUCUACAAGUACAUGUACAAGAAGUACCGCGCCGACAAGCACAGGGGCAUCAUCAUCGAGACGGAGGGCGACCGGCCCCGCAUGAACAUCGAGAUGGACGGCAGGAUGCUCAACUACGAGACCGACGUCGUGCCCGACGGGAUGCUCGUCGACGGGGACGAGAAAGACAUCGACGAGAGCCGGCGCGACAUGAUCAAGCUGCUCAAAGAGCUGAAGCAGAAGUACCCAGAGAAGGACCUGGACCAGCUGGUGGAGCUCGCCAACUACCAGGCGCUCACCCAGCAGCAGAAGAGCCGCGCGUUCUACCGCAUUCAGGCGAUCCGCAUGAUGACGGGUGCCGGCAACAUUCUGAAGAAGCACGCGGCUGACCAGGCGCGCAAGGCCAUGAGCGUCCAGAACAUCGAGAGCGACGGCGAGAGCGACUUCGUGAGCAAGAUCUGCUUCGAACCGGGCGCGUACCAGUGCUUCGAGAACUGCGGCUCGUGCAUCCUGACGGUGUCGCGCAAGGGCGGCGACACGAGCGGCUUCGUGAGCGUGCGCUACAAGACGGAGAACGGGACCGCCACGGCCGGCUCGGACUUCGAGUUCAGCGAGGGGAAGAUCGUCUUCAAGCCGGGCGAGACCCAGAAGGAGAUCUCGAUCAGCAUCAUCGACGACGACAUCUUCGAGGAGGACGAACACUUCUACGUGCGCCUCUCUGACGUCGAGGCGGAGGUGACGGAGGACGGGCCGGAGAUCAACCACGUGAGCCUGCCGAAGGCCCUGCUGGUGGAGCCCACGGUGGCCACGGUCACCAUCUUUGACGACGACCACGCGGGCAUCUUCAUGUUCGAGGAGAAGGUGAUGCGCGUGAGCGAGAGCGUCGGCGUCAUGGAGGCGAAGGUGAUGAGGACGUCGGGCGCCCGCGGCACCGUCGUCGUGCCGUACCGCACCAUGGAGGGGACGGCGCAUGGCAGCGGCGACGAUUACGAGGAUUCCUUCGGCGAGCUCGAGUUUCACAACGACGAGAUCGUCAAAACUAUCGAUAUCAAAGUUAUUGACGAUGAAGAGUAUGAGAAAAACAAGACAUUCUGCGUUGAGCUGGGAGAACCUCGCUUGGUGGAGAUAAUCCUUAGUCCAGACAAGCACGAGAACGGACUGCAGGCCGAGAUGGAUAAGGAGGAAGCUCAGCGGAUCGCCGAGAUGGGAAGGCCCAUCCUGGGGGAGAACUCCCGCCUCGAGGUCAUCAUUGAGGAGUCCUACGAGUUCAAGAGCACGGUGGACAAGCUGAUCAAGAAGACGAACCUGGCCCUCGUUGUGGGGACCAACUCGUGGAAGGAGCAGUUCAAGGAUGCCAUCACCGUCAGCGCAGGCGACGACGAUGACGACGAGGAAACCGGCGAGGAGAAGCUGCCGUCGUGCUUCGACUACGUCAUGCACUUCCUCACGGUCUUCUGGAAGGUGCUCUUCGCGUUCGUGCCACCCACGGACGUGUGGAACGGCUGGGCCUGCUUCCUCGUCUCCAUCUCCGUGAUCGGCCUCCUCACCGCCAUGAUCGGCGACCUGGCCUCGCACUUCGGCUGCACCGUGGGCCUCAAGGACUCGGUCACCGCCGUUGUGUUCGUGGCCCUCGGCACCUCCAUCCCAGACACGUUCGCGAGCAAGGUGGCGGCCGUGCAGGACCAGUUCGCCGACGCGUCGGUGGGCAACGUGACGGGCAGCAACGCGGUGAACGUCUUCCUGGGCAUCGGCAUCGCGUGGACCAUCGCCUCCGUCCACUGCUGGGCGAACAACAAGAAGUUCUACGUGGACCCCGGCACGCUGGCCUUCUCCGUGACGCUCUUCACCGUCUUCGCCUUCAUCUGCGUCGGCGUGCUCAUGUGGCGGAGGAGGCCCAGCGUGGGCGGAGAGCUGGGCGGUCCACGAAACAUGAAGCUCAUGACCACCGGCUUCUUCAUCUUGCUCUGGCUCAUUUACAUCCUGUUCGCCGGGCUCGAGGCCUACUGCCACGUAAAGGCCUUCUGAGCAGGAAGCGAGCCAAGAUUUUUAUUGUAAUAGCGAGUGGGGGAUAUCUAUGAAAAUUGAAAAAAAAACGGAUAUAUGUAUACGGUAUAUUGCGAACGGAAAAAAAACUCGAAAGCACUGUGACGAUACGAUUUUUGUUUUGAAGAGAAUUUUAAACAAGACAGUGCAUACAGGCCUUCUUGGCAACUGAAGAGAUUGAGUGUGUUUUUUUUUCUUACCGUGAAGUGCGGUUGUUACCUUGUUUUAACUAGAAAUUUUUUGUAAAAUAUCUAACGGCCAGAAACAUCCUAAGGCACAACUUUUAACGGUGCGGCUGGAAGGGAGGAAAGACGAACGAGUCCCCGAACCCACUGCAGCAGUCGUCCUGAGGUCAUAAAACAAAACCCAAUUGCGGCAUCGCGAAAAAAAAAUCGAAUUUCCAAAACGUGUAGAGCUCAGCGGCUUUAGGGAAAUUUGGCCAACAGCCCCUAUAAUGGUGCACAGUGAGCAUUCGGCAACCGUCUCUCGCAGCAGAUACGUGCAACGCAUGAAAAAAAUUCUGAGCGGGCGCUACUUUUAUGUUAAGGAUGAAGGGCAUAGCCCCGAAAUUUACUUGUGCCGCAAGUGCCACACCACUGGGCCGAAGAAGCGCCUCCUAUCGAGAGAACACGAUCAGGAGAGCCCCUCCAAAAUAUAUUUUUGGCCUACACUCCCACACUGGCUAUUGUUUUAAACGCGUGGGAAAGUCAGCGCCGCGACAGAGAGAAAGAGGCAUUUUCACAUUCGUGUGCCAGAUCUGGUUCGGGCGGAACCUUUGCUGCGUGAGUGACAACAAUUCAGCGAGGGUUUCAUUGCCACUUCAGUGUCGAGGCAAAGCCGCCGCCGCCGCUGUAGUGCCAGUGCAGACGACGUCUGUGACUUUGCUCGCCGAGGAUUGCGCAGCCCCACACGCCUUGGUUGCUUACCCUCCUCGGAAUUCGUAUCACCAGGCCUCGUUGGCAGAAUUAAGGGCACGGCCGCCACACGCAGCUGUCAGUAAAAGUGACAACUGCUCUAGAAAUAAAGCACAGUUAGUUUCUUAGAUUUUCUGAGAUAAUUAUUGUAAUAAUGAUAAGAAGAUCAUCACAUAUGGUUUGUUUAUAUUUCGGUUUUUUUUGCACCUCUUACAAAAAAAAGCAAUUAAAAUUGUACGCACCAAAGCCGUGUGCUCGAAUACCUUUAAUUGGUUACCCCCCCACCCCCCUCCCUUAAAUCUUGCAUGGCACACGGUCUGAGAAAAAUGUCGAGGACACACACGAGGCACGCGGUGGGAACGUUGUGAUGUCGCGGAGCGGUAAGAAACUCGGCAAUGACGUAUUGCGAUGAAAGCGCGGCUGGUUCUGCCACGGAUGAGAUUCAGCCCUUGCGGGGUGUCCCUCUGCACUCCGAGUCGUCUGCCGCGCUUCGCCGAGGAAAUGCCACGGCUUGGUUUUUUUUUCUCUUUUGCUUGACAUUUGUGAGAAACACAGUUUUAAAACGCGGUUUUUAAAACACGGUUUUAAAACACAGUUAAAAGAAAAUGACGUUGCAACAGAAAAACACAGUGUGGGAAAAUCCACGCGUGGAAGAAACGACGGAGGGCAUUCAUCAUUGUGGGCACGAAAAGCCACAAACUGGAUUCCCAGCCAUUUUCGGCAAGUGCAGCUUGGGGAACGCUUGCAACCGCAGUCAUUUGGUAGCUUACUCAACAGUCCAUACGAUCGGCCAAUAAACGUGAUCAAUGUUCGUCCACCCUGUCGCUUGAGUCCUUGGUGUGAUCGUUGCAGCCUGGAGCCCUGUUUUACCGUCUUAACAUGGUACAGGUCACAGAAAACCCGACGACGUGGGAGGCCCAGACUCUUGCGGUUCGACAUGUUGCUCCGCGCAAAGAGGGCCGUGAAGAAGGGUGGUGGGUCGGACAAUGCGACGUCCGCUUCUCGCGAAGCAGAAAGGCACCUUCCUCGAUGUCGCGUUCAAGCCAGCUCGCAAUGAUGACAGCGUCGGUCGGUGGGCGCUCGUCGUUUGAAAAGAGCAAAACGUCGAGAGCUUCGGGGAACUUGCCCAUCGAGCCGGCCGAUCUCCUCUCCCGUGGCCCGCGCGCGAUCAGCGGUAAGCGACGGACGAGAUGGGCCCUCGUGGCCGUCACGCAUGAUGGAUGAUGACGGACACAAAUAUGAAAUAAAAACACAACACACUUGCAAGGCACGGCGAUGACCUUGCGACGGGGAAACGUGGAGCGGAAAAAAAACCCAACUC